CUCUCUUUCUUUCUUUUCAUCAAAUCUCUCUCUCUUUUCUCGUCUUCAUUCAUUCAAUUUCAAGCACUGUGUUUUCCUCGCCGCUGAAACAAACAACAUAGGUAGCUGAUAAAUCAGGUGCUGUAAUUAUUACUCUGAACUCAGAAGAAUUAGACAAUUAAUUUGAUCUCAUGGUACAAAAUGCAAUGCAAUAUAUGAGAAGGGAAACUCGCGCUUGAUGGACUGCUCACACAAUAGAAGUGACAAUAAAACAUUAAAGCGUUGGUUCUUUAUUGACAAAAGAGUUGGUUAAGCUAAAUAUUCGUAUAAAUCGGUUCGGUUCAGUUGUGACAAAUUCAUCAUAAUAUUGAACACAAACCAUUUUUUUUGCUUUUGUUAAUACAUAGUUACAUACCUUUUAAGUAGUUUAGUUAGGUGAAAUGGAUUUGAAGCCUUCUCAUGUUUCGCCAAUUCUUACUGAUCCUGUUCCUGCCAACAAGUCAAGGCUUGGAAUCCAUUCUAGUUUGUUAGCUUAUUCGCAACAAGAGUCACCAUUAUCAAGUCCAGGGAAGUAUACAAAAUCAAAUUCAAAGAAAAAUAUGGGAAAUCUUGAUGAUGUUAGGUCUAAUGGCUGGUUGGAUGCUAUGAAGGCAUCUUCGCCUCCAAGAAAGAAGUCGGCACAUAAAGGUUCGAGUGCUCAGGUUGCUUCAUUUGACUAUGACGUUGAAGAUUAUAAUUUAUGGAUGCUGGGAUAUCCGUCAGCACUAGACGCUUUUGAGAAAAUCGUUGAUCGCGCAAAGGAUAAGAAGAUUGCAAUGUUUCUAGAUUAUGAUGGCACUCUUUCACCUAUAGUAGAAGAUCCUGAUUGUGCUUUUAUGUCUGAACCUAUGCGAACAACGGUGCAAAAUGUGGCGAAGUAUUUCCCUACAGCAAUAAUUAGUGGAAGAAGUCGUGACAAGGUUUUUGAUUUAGUUAAACUAACAGAACUCUACUAUGCCGGUAGUCAUGGGAUGGACAUUAUCGGCCCUGUUAGUGACACUUUGUCCGUAAACCAUCCAAAUUGUAUCAAGUCUACUGACCAACAGGGAAAGGAGAUUACUCUCUUUCAACCGGCAAGAGAAUUCCUUCCUAUGAUUGAUGAGGUUUUUAAAACCCUCAUUGAGAUUACUAAAGAUAUAGAAGGCGCAAAAGUUGAAAAUCACAAGUUUUGCGUUUCUGUACAUUACCGUAAUGUAGAAGAGAAUAAUUGGACAACGAUAGGACAACGUGUCCAUGAUAUCAUAAAGAAUUAUCCUCGUUUACGCUCAACUCAUGGACGGAAGGUUUUAGAAAUCCGUCCUGUAAUUGACUGGAACAAAGGAAAAGCUGUUGAAUUUUUGCUUGAAUCUCUAGGGUUGACUGAUAGGAAUGAUGUGCUUCCCAUUUACAUUGGAGAUGAUAAAACUGAUGAAGAUGCAUUCAAGGUGCUGAGGGAGAGGAAUCGAGGUUAUGGGAUAUUGGUUUCAUCAGCGAGAAAAGAAAGCAAUGCAUUCUACUCUCUCCGAGACCCUAACGAGGUCAUGAAAUUUCUUCAACUCUUGGUGAAUUGGAAGAGGGACCAAGAAAAAGCAUGUGAAAUGAAUCUCAUAUAAUAACUAUAUUAUUCAUAUUGGUUUUUUGUAUUUGAUUAUUUCCUCCGCGGUUUCAUUUUUUCUAAUAAGAUUUUGAGCAAUUUUCUAAUAAAUUAAUCAUAAAUGAAAGCAAUUGGAUUAUAUGUGGAAUUUUGGGUUUUUGUUCAAUGUAACAUGAUAUUAUUUCUAUCCUUUUCUAAUGUGUUAAAUUUAUUUAUUUUUGACU